AAGAAAUUUUUAUCAAAAAACAAAAGAAAAAUUAUUAUUAAAUGAUUGUUCAAAAGAAAUGACAACAACUACAAGAAGAAAUGUUAUUAUUACCGAUCUGGACCAAUCGGACACCCAAAUUGGCGCACACGAUGAGAGUCAUCGUAAGGUUCAUAAAAAACGCACGAAAGACAAAGCAUUGCAUACGUUUUCGGGCAAUUUCAAUAGACGCUCUCAGAGUGCAGAAGGCUCGAAGGAGGAUAAGGUUGGAAAAAAUUCUAAACAAACUAGUUAUUUUAAUGAAUUGCUGCAGUCAAAAGACCAACAAAUGGAAAAAUUACUUCAGCGUUUGGCCACAUUGCAUAAAUUCAAUGAACAAUUUGCCGAUGAAAAUCAACGUCUUCUUAACGAUGCCAAAUGCCUGGAACAGCGUAUUACUGCAUUGCAACAUCAAAUAGCAGAUUGUAACAGGUGUCGCAAGCUGGACCAUGAGUUAUCCAAGCGUGUGGAGGACAACAAACUGUUGACAGCCGAUGUGAACAUGAUGAAAACUCUAGUCUAUCGCUUAAAUGUACAAAUUGAACGUUACCAAGAUUGCUUAAGGCAAGGGACAACGUCAGAUGAAAAAUCAACUCAAAACUCAAAUAUUAAGUCUUCCAUUUCACAGUGGCAACAAGGACGUCUACGUACUCACACCUUGUCUCCUCUACUGCAAGCUUAUGAUGAAAUGUUAUGUGACAAAGAGGAUUUAAUUCAACAAUACACCCAACAGUUUGAGCAUUUCACAGGGGAAUUGAAAAUUGUAAUAGAGGAAAACAAUCGCUUGCAGCAGGAGAUUGAGAAUCUCAGACGAGACGGUGGUAAUUGGCGCGAGGAAAGGACCAGACUACAAGCUCAAUUGGAUAUUUGCCGGCAAAAAGCUGAUUCCCAAACCAGAAAAACUGAUUUGGCUAAAGAAAAACUCGUUGAGGUGAUGCAUUGUUAUGAGCAAAAGAUUCAGACUUUAGUACUCGACAUGGAACAUUUGCAGAGCGCCUACACACGCUGUAAAGCCGAAUUGGCCUCACUGAAAAGUCUUGCCGCCCUGCCACAAGACACCAUUGCUACAUCGUUACAAGAAUGUAAGGAACUUCUGGAACAGCUGCGUCAGCAACAUAGCAAAGAGAAACAUUCGUUGGAACGUACCAUUGGCGAGCUUACCGAACGGCAUUCAAACGUGGACGUGAAAAUAGAAAAACUUAAACAUGACAACUCUAAGCUGAAACAGGAACUUGAAGAGCACAUUUCACAAACAAACGAGCUGCGCAAGCGUAAUGUUUCUCUGCAACGUUCCGUGGAAAAGGUCAAGCGUUCUCGUGACCGUCUAAAAGCUCGACUACGUAUUGCUUUACAGUGGGCCCAAAAACUUGAAGAGGGUCAAGCCAAUUUACAAAAUACCUGGGAUGCUCUUAAACGUUUGGAAACCAUAGUCAAACAUAAGGAGUCUCAAGUACGUGGCCUGCAUGCUAGACACUUGCAGGAAAUAGAUAAAUUAGAGAAGAAAUUGGCACAAAAAGAGGAGACUAUUAAGACCAUACUAAGAGAUCGACUCAACGUAAAGACAAAUCGAUAA